AAACCACAUUCCUGUAGUCAUGAGGCCAAGCUGAUCUGAGUCACACGCUAAGAGAGAGAGAGAAAGAGAGAGAGAAACUCUGUUGAGACACAUCUGAGUGUGAAAGUAACAUACGCCACAGUCUGUUUGUGCAUCCAGACAUAUAUAUUGCUGCUUUCAAAGGAUUUACCAUGUGGACCGAGAAGGGAAUACAAUCAUCACAGCUUUGUUGACGUGAUGGACUUUCAUCUAAAAUGCAGGAUGGAGUGACCUCUCAGAUGAUGGAGGACAAGAACGGAGUUUGUCAAGUGAUGGAGGAGAGUGAGGUGGAUGUGCAGAUCAGACAAACCAAAGCUCAGCUGCAGCAGGCCGACAACAACAGGCCUAACUGGUCAAACGGUCAGUGUGUUGUGGCAGUGCCGAGUUGUUCAGUGCUCAGCCCGAGCUUUGAUCUGUCUCUGUGCCGGGCCAAACUGGAAAAUAAUGGCUUUCAGAUUCCAGUCAGAGACAUGGAGGCUCCACUGAAGACGGCCCUGGACGUUCCCUCAGUCAGGAGAUACAUGGUUUUCAACUCAGCUAUCUUCCAUUUUAUAUUGGCACCAGUGCUGUAUGUGGUGGUGUGGUGUGCUGUGUUCUCCACCCUCCACCUCUACAUCACUGUCAGUGACUACUGGGUUCUUUGCCUCUCUGUCAGCCUGGUCUCCAUCUUCCUCACCACUGCCAUCAUCUUCGUCCUCCACUACAGUAACAAGGAGAUCAACAUGAACUUAGACGUUCGGUUAAUCCAGGUGAACGAGAGGAUGGUGAAACACAAACUUCUAGUGGCCGUGGCCGACUGGGUGCAGUCCUGCACUGGAAACAUGCAGCUGUACUUUGUGUACUGGGACAUGUCCCGCUGUCUGAGGGCACUGACUGAAACUUUAGAGGAGAGCAGUUUUGUGGCAAAUGACACCCAGAACAAACUGAAGAAGAAAAUGUCACAUCUCGUCCUUGUGGCCGAGGACACGGCUGUAGACCCCGAGGUUGCUGAGUCAGAUGUGGAGCAGGACUCAGAUGAGCAGAGGCCUCUACUGAGACAUGAGGACACGGGUUGCAGUACCUCAUCCAGCCAGCAGAAGGGCGCCAAAGUCACCACUAACUACACCCUCAUCCCUGAUGCAUCGUUACCUGCUCAGGCUAAAGCCUACCAGCUUCUGAUGACCUACAGUGCAGCCUAUGUGAAGCUGCUGGUGUCUGAGAGGCUGUCAGGACCGCCACACCACCACCCACCCCCCCGGAGGAACCACUGCACCACCGCCCCUCUGUGCCUCUGCCAGUACAUCAAAAAGAAGAUCCUUCUAUAGCAGAGUCCUGCUUUGCACCCAUGCUCCUAAAAAGACAAACUGACAUGUAGGGGCAUUUCAUCUGGAGCAAACAUGGAUUAUGUUACUCGUUCAAGGACAUUUUGAUUGAAUGAGGAACCUCUUUGGAGCUUCACACUUUAAGUCUCCAGCCUGCAGCUGCUGUAAACCUCUGUUGUUGUUUCCAUGCCAACUCUUUGUUUCGUCCAUUCGGUCCCAACAAUGUCUGCACCCUGUCAAACGCUGUAUGAUCUGGCUGCUGUAAAACAAUAUUUGCACUCUUAUGCACAGUCACGGCCUUAGUUACUGCUGUAUAAGUUAUUUGCACAAAUAAUAAAUGUAGAUUCUUGUGAUUUGA